AACAGAAACAACUUGGGGAACUCCAUCUUUCUGAACUUCCCAGUUCGUCGUAUAAACUUGUCUUUCCUGACUUGUUCCGGUACAAAUUAGAAGGCAAGGCUGGGAGUCAUGGAGAAGCAGUUCGCAUCCAGGGUACAGAAGGAGCUAGCCGCCCUGAGGAAGUCCCCUCCUCUCGGUAUCCAGGUGUCGCUGCCUUCAGACAACCUGCAUGAGUGGGAGGCUGUCAUCCCUGGACCUCAGGAUUCUCUUUAUAAAGGUGGCAAGUUCAAGGUCCGCCUGCUUCUCCCUGAGAACUAUCCCCUUGCACCUCCAGUUGUCCACUUCCUAACACCCAUCUACCACCUGAACGUGAGUCAGGCGUGUGGACAGGUGUGUCUCCGCUUCCUGAGUGAGGAUGAGUGGGUGGCAGGGGGAACCAUUGAACAGGUGCUGAGUGCCCUGUUCUCUCUCAUGAUCCGACCAGAACUCAACAACGCCUUCGACCACGAAGUUCUGAACGUCUACCACCACUUUAACCUGGACUACAACAAGAUGGCUCGCGACAGUGCUAAAAAGGCUAAAUAAGAAGGAAGCAGAUAUUAGUCUGAAGAGUAUUUUGUUUGUUAAAAAUCCAAUACUUCCUACUUUUGUUUUCACACCAAUUUACGAUUUUAUGGAUCCAUAUGGUAUGUUUUCCUUUCAAGUUUCAAUGCAUAUUUGAAGGGACCAUGAUAUUAUAAUUGAAAACUAGGUAGCUCUGAUAACAAUAAGGCUGCAGAGCAAAGGCAGUUCAGAUAAUAGUUAUAUCAGUAAAUGAGUCAGUCAUGUUUCUGCUUGACAGCAUUGUGCAUGAUACUAGGUUUUCUGUAUAGACCUCUGUGAAUGUGGUUAUUACAAAGGAGGUUAUGUUUUUGGUACCAUUGAUUGGUUUUCGAUCAUGAUUACUACAUAGUGAUGAUUGUAGAAGUUCUUUAUAUGUGUGUAUGUUUUGGCAAUAGAAAGAUGUUAAGCCACUUUUUUCAAUCAUCAGUGCACAGGUACUAGGUAAAUUAGGUCACC